AUAGUAAUUAUAUUUUCGUUAAAAAUUUCCGAGAUGAGAGCGCGAGUUGAAUAAUGGCAGGUAUUGUGGUAUCAGCGCUCGCAUGGCUUUCUCUGAUUCCUUUUCCUCCCUUUCUACGGCACCAAGAAAUGGUGGCUAUCGGACCCAAGGCGUAGCUUUUCCACGAGGAUUUCAUCAAUCAAGGUUUUUGAGCUCAUCGUUUCCAAAGUCGAGAGGUGGUCAAAGGAAUUAUCGAGUUCAGAUUUCUGCGGCGAUGCAGGGCGACAAAGUUUUGAUGAUGAGUGGUUGCUCUAAAAUCAGAGUUCCGCAUGUGCUCACUGUUGCUGGCUCUGAUUCAGGAGCUGGGGCUGGAAUACAAGCCGACCUCAAGGCUUGUGCAGCACGCGGGGUGUACUGUUCCACUGUUAUCACUGCUGUUACUGCACAGAACACUAUUGGGGUUCAGGGUAUAAAUAUUGUGCCAGAGGAUUUUGUUGCACAGCAGUUGAAAUCUGUGCUUUCUGACAUGCGGGUUGAUGUGGUUAAAACAGGCAUGCUUCCUUCUACAGGCAUAGUCAAUGUCCUUCGUCAGAGUCUUAAGGAGUUUCCAGUUGGAGCUUUAGUGGUUGAUCCUGUUAUGGUAUCUACAAGUGGAGAUGUUCUAGCUGGUCCCUCUAUUCUUGAUGCUUUUCGGGAGCUUCUUUCUUUGGCUGAUAUAGUCACUCCAAAUUUGAAGGAGGCAUCUGCUUUACUUGGUGGUGUGAAGCUAGAUACAGUUGCGGACAUGUGUUCUGCUGCAAAAUCAAUUCACAGUAUGGGCCCAUGCAAUGUACUGGUCAAAGGUGGUGACCUUCCUGCUUCAUUUGAUGCCAUUGAUAUUUACUUUGAUGGUGAGGAUUUCCAUGAGUUACGCUCGUCACGUGUAAAAACUCCUAACACUCAUGGAACUGGUUGCACUAUGGCAUCAUCCAUAGCAGCUGAGCUAGCAAAAGGUUCUCAAAUGCUACCAGCUAUUAAGGUGGCUAAAUGCUUUGUUGAGACAGCCUUGGAUUAUAGCAAAGACAUCAUCAUUGGGAAUGGGCCUCAAGGUCCUUUUGACCACCUACUCAAGCUUAAGAGUAGUUUUCACAAUUCUGGCAGGCACUGGGCAUUUGAUCCGAGUAACUUGUUCUUGUAUGCUGUUACGGAUUCAGGGAUGAAUAAGAAAUGGGGCCGAUCCAUGACAGAUGCUGCUAAAGCUGCCAUAGAAGGCGGAGCUACCAUUGUACAGCUAAGGGAAAAGGAUGCUGAAACACGGGACUUUCUGGAGGCAGCCAAAGCAUGUCUGAAAAUUUGCCAUUCCUAUGGGGUACCUCUGCUGAUAAAUGACCGAAUAGAUGUUGCCCUUGCUUGUAAUGCUGAUGGUGUGCAUGUUGGCCAGUCUGACAUGCCUGCUCGUGUUGCCCGCAUGCUGCUUGGCCCAGAAAAGAUUGUUGGUGUAUCAUGCAAGACGCCAGAACAAGCUCAGCAAGCAUGGAGUGAUGGUGCUGAUUACAUUGGUUGUGGUGGUGUAUAUCCGACCAACACCAAAGCAAACAACCUCACUGUUGGCUUGGAUGGAUUGAGAAAUGUCUGUUCUGCUUCUCGAUUACCGGUGGUUGCCAUUGGUGGUAUCAAUUCUUCAAAUGCGUGUUCUGUAUUGGGGAUAGGUGUCCCAAACCUGAAAGGUGUUGCUGUUGUGUCAGCUCUCUUUGACAAGGAAUGCAUCUUGACGGAGACUAAGCAGUUACAUGCAAUGCUAAGUGAGGCACUUUCAUUGGACCAAGAAGGUGGUCCAACUAGACGAGCAGAUCAGACUCGUAGGUAGAGAGGUCGUCUACACUACCCUGUCUGUAGGGUAAGUGUUAUCAAGGGAUUGUAUUUUGAGUAACAUUCUGGAGUUUUUGGGUAGAAAAUACUGGAAUGGUAUGUAAUUAUGUAUGUAUAUUUUGGAGAGAUACUGAAUUCUGGUAUUGUGUACAUGGUUGUAAAAUUUUAUGUUUUCUGUUGCAUAAGUGUAUUUCAGUAGUAUUUACAGGGGUAUCAGAGUACGGUAA